AUGACGAGGGAGCGCGGGGGGGACGGGGACGGGGGGGACGCGGAGACAGCGGCGACCCCCCCCGGGGACCCCCCCGGGCAGCGCCGCAAGAGGCCCGUGGUGCACCCGGCAGCGCCCGCGCCGCUGCCCAAGGACUACGCCUUCACGUUCUUCGACCCCAACGAUGCUGCGUGCCGGGAGAUCCUGCUGGACCCCAGCACCACGGUGCCGCAGCUCUUCGCCAUCCUGCGCCAGUGGGUGCCCCAGGUGCAGCACAACGUGGACCUCAUCGGCAACGAGAUCCUGCGCCGCGGCUGCCACGUGAACGACCGUGACGGCCUGACGGACAUGACGCUCCUGCACUACGCCUGCAAGGCCGGGGCCCACGGCGUGGGGGACCCCGCGGCCGCCGUCCGCCUGUCCACGCGGCUGCUGGCGCUGGGGGGCGACGUGACGCUGCGCAGCCGCUGGACCCACAUGAACGCCCUGCACUACGCCGCCUACUUCGACGUCCCCGAGCUCAUCCGCACCCUGCUGCGGGCAGCAGCGCCCCGAGUCCUGCACUCCACCUGCAGUGACUUCAGCCACGGCACCGCGCUGCACAUCGCCGCCUCCAACCUCUGCCUGGGCGCCGUGCGCUGCCUCCUGGAGCACGGCGCGGACCCCGCCAUGCGGAACAGCAAGGGUCAGGUGGCGGCGGAGGUGGUGCCGGACCCCACGGACAUGGCCCUGGACAAGGCGGAGGCGGCGCUGGUGGCCCGGGAGCUGCGGCGGCUGCUGGAGGAAGCGGUGCCGCUGAGCUGCAGCCUGCCCAGGGUCACCCUGCCCAACUACGACAACCUGCCCGGGAACAGCGUCCUGCUCUGCCUCGGCAUGCAGCUGGGGGACAGAGUGAGGCUGCAGGGGGGGAAG